AUGACAGGGCUCCAUGACGACCCACGUGAGCGGAUUCUACACGCUGUCCAGCGUCAAAUCGAAUAUCUCCGAUCCAAACCCGACAGUCGUUUGCGUGUUAUAGCGCGAUUGGAAUCGCUUCACCGGAUCGCGCACAGCCAUCAAAAUGCAGAGGAUAGAUCACCUCUGGGGUACCUCCUCGUGAAUAUUCGAAAACAUUUGCCUAUCCAGAUCAAGAGGCUCAGAUCUGACCCCAGAAAUGACGGUAAGGUUGCAAACGCUCUCUCCCGAAUGGUCCUUGGGGCUUCUUUGUUCGUGCGCUGUGCUCAGAGUGAGGAUGACCCAGCCAACAUAUUUGAACAAGAUGUCGAGCCACUUUCCGCUCUUGACUUGGAGGAAGAUUUCCCGCUGGAUGAAGAUGAUCUUACCCGCAUUUUAUUUGGAUUUUAG